AGUGGUAGAGCGGACUGACAGGAUCGUACCAUUGUCCAACCACAGGGGAACUCAUGUGGUUGAGUAACCGAAGCUGCAUUCAUGUUCAGAGCUUCAAGCUUCCUGCCUCCCCCGCUGUGUUUUUUAUCGGUGGACCAGCCCGAGAUGGAGGUUGGGAGGGGGUGCUCAGCAGAGGAGAGAGGGAGAACAGCAUUUUGAAACCCAGCUGAUCAGAGCUGUGGUAUUCUGCCAUCGAGGCAGAGGCAGGGGGAGCGUGACUGGAAGAAGAUAAGAGAAGGCACCUGAAGAAUUUAUGAUUUUAAGACGGAGGCUUUACAAAUUGAAGAGGGGGAAUAUAAAUGAUUUUUCAUUUCAUUGGCAUCUGCGAACUCAUGUGAAGAGAGAACCUCUGUGGGAAGAUGUGAGAGCCUUUGGCAGGGUGGAAAUCUAAGGAGAAACACACAGAAAAGGGUUUACGUCAGGCCCUGGAAAACAGUUCAGGGAGUCCUUUGAUUCGAGAGAGGGUUGAAUAGCCCCCGUGGAAAGAGGAGUGAUGUCUUGGCUGUCACCCGUGUCAUGGGCCAAAUGGACGUGGACGGCAGUGCGAGGGGGAGAGGGAGAGGAGGAUGAAGAGGGGCAUGAAGCCAGCGAAGAGAGGCAGCAACUUGGAGAGGAAGAGGAGGAGGAGGAGGAGGAGGAGAGAUCUCAAAGCUACAGCUCUGACUCAGAGAGUCAUUUUGAAACUCCUGAAGCAUCAUCUCCUGUCCACGCUCCUUCAACCUUCCCCGAAGAGCUGGAGAACAACAACACUGAUGCAGACAAAACAGAUGUGGAUCAGGAGGAGCAGCUGAUAGUGACUGCUCCUGUGUUGGAUCAGGAUUUUUGGCUCAGCCACAACAUGGGUCAGGAUGAGCCUGUGGCGCCCAUGGGUGACCCUCUGGAGGUAAACUUUGAGAGACUGCCCGCACGGCAACCAGAUAAUGUCCCAGAGGCCUUGGGCUCUGCCCCUGCACCAUCAUUAGUGAAUGAAGAGCCUGAAGUGCCUGAAUGCACAGCUGUAUCCUCUGAGCCAUUCCAAGUCCCGGCGCCUGUCCUAGUUGCAGCUACAGCUCUAGAUCCAGCUCUAGAUCCAGCUCUAGAUCCAGCUUUAGAUACAGCUUUAGAUACAGCUCCUGCUCUGGAUCCAGCUCCAGAUCCAGCUUUAGAUACAGCUCCUGCUCUGGAUCCAGCUCCAGAUCCAGCUUUAGAUACAGCUCCUGCUCUGGAUCCAGCUCUAGAUCCAGCUUUAGAUCCAGCUUUAGAUACAGCUCCUGCUCUGGAUCCAGCUUUAGAUACAGCCCCUGCUCUGGAUCCAGCGUUAGAUACAGCUCCUGCUCUGGAUCGAGCUUUAGAUACAGCCCCUGCUCUGGAUCCAGCUUUAGAUACAGCUCCUGCUCUGGAUCCAGCUUUAGAUACAGCCCCUGCUCUGGAUCCAGCGUUAGAUACAGCCCCUGCUCUGGAUCCAGCUUUAGAUACAGCUUUAGAUACAGCUCCUGCUCUGGAUCCAGCUUUAGAUACAGCUCCUGCUCUGGAUCCAGCGUUAGAUACAGCCCCUGCUCUGGAUCCAGCUUUAGAUACAGCCCCUGCUCUGGAUCCAGCUUUAGAUACAGCUCCUGCUCUGGAUCCAGCGUUAGAUACAGCUCCUGCUCUGGAUCCAGCUUUAGAUACAGCCCCUGCUCUGGAUCCAGCGUUAGAUACAGCUCCUGCUCUGGAUCCAGCUUUAGAUACAGCUUUAGAUACAGCUCCUGCUCUGGAUCCAGCUUUAGAUACAGCUCCUGCUCUGGAUCCAGCGUUAGAUACAGCCCCUGCUCUGGAUCCAGCUUUAGAUACAGCCCCUGCUCUGGAUCCAGCUUUAGAUACAGCUCCUGCUCUGGAUCCAGCGUUAGAUACAGCCCCUGCUCUGGAUCCAGCUUUAGAUACAGCCCCUGCUCUGGAUCCAGCUUUAGAUACAGCCCCUGCUCUGGAUCCAGCGUUAGAUACAGCCCCUGCUCUGGAUCCAGCGUUAGAUACAGCCCCUGCUCUGGAUCCAGCUUUAGAUACAGCCCCAGCUCUAGAUCCAGCGUUAGAUACAGCUCCUGCUCUGGAUCCAGCUUUAGAUACAGCUCCUGCUCUGGAUCCAGCUCUAAAUCCAGCUUUAGAUCGAGCUCUUGCUCUGGAUCCAGCUCCAGCUCUAAAUCCAGCUCCAGCUCUAGAUCCAGUUCUAGAUCCAGUUCUAGAUCCAGCUCCAGCUCUAGAUCCAGUUCUAACUCCAGCUCCAGCUCAAUCUCCUGAUCCUGCUCCUCUUCCUGCUCCUACCCCAGAACCAGAGCCAUUCCAUUGCAUUGAGCAGAAACCUCUGGCUGACCCAGAACCACAGUGCAAUGGCCUUGACCAGACAGAGCCCCCUCAAAAGACUAAACACAGGAAGUCUAAGCCUCCAUCACUCGAGGUCAAGGCUUCAGUGGACGAACCUCCCCAAACAUUUGAGGAACAGGAACUUCCUCUUCCCAAGGCCACUUACAAAUUUGACCCUGACCAGUUGGAUGACGGCUUUAACCCUUUCACCUGCGGCGGAUCCAAAAUCCAGAACUCUCCCCCACCGUUUGGUUCCAGCUCUUUUCCCAGACUAGAGCCAAUCGGUUGCUCUUUGCCAGCAUGUGAGGACAGCGCAGCCCCUCCAGUAGAAGCUGAGUUGUCAUUGUCGUCGUCGUCAGAGGCAAAGUCCGUAAUGCUCGAGUUUGGUUUGGACGAGGGGACAGUCACCAAGCCACCUCCGAGGAAAUUAGGUGGUAAAAAGAAACUGGCAGCUAAGAAGAAGGCCAAAGCGUCAGAGGCUUCAUCUAAACCAGCACCAGAACCCAUUAUCACAGAACCAGUUUCUAAACCAGCACCAGAACCAGUUUCUAAACAAGCACCAGAACCCAUUAUCACAGAACCAGUUUCUAAACCAGCACCAGUACCCAUUAUCACAGAACCAGUUUCUCAAACAGUGUCAGAACCGGUUUUUGAUCCUCUUCCAGAAACUGCUUUGCCAGUUUCAGACUCAACUGCAACUCUUAACGUAGACGAUAUUCCUAUGCCUAAAUCAGGAGCCUAUAACUUUGAUCCCAAUCAGUGGGACGACCCCAACUUCAAUCCGUUUGGUAGCAACAGCACAGCGAGCAGCACUCCAGUGCUCCCUAAGAGCUCCUACAGUUUUGAUCCAGACAAUUUUGACGACUCUGUGGACCCUUUUAAAUCCUCCAAAAAUACUACCAACGAGGACUCGUCCAGCAGUGCCCCUCAGCCGGAGAAAAAAGUGAAAGACGUGGGCAAACCUAAAGUAGUGAAACCGGCGGGAGAGAAGAAAGCCAGGCAGAUUCCCAAGAAAGAAAAAGAGAGGGCAAUCGAGAACUCCUGUAAAGUGCAGAAAUAUGAUGAGAGCCAGUCCUUGGUGCUUGAAGUGUGCGAUCAGGAGGAGGAGGAGGAGGAGGAGGUGGUGGCCUCGACCCCAGAGAUCACUCAGCGAGUUCAUCACGCCACUGAUGAGGAGAAGCUCGCCUGCACCGGCAUGUUGAGCCAGACAGCAGACAUCCAGGAGGAGAGAGGAGAACCCCAGUGCAACAAAGCACCUCCGAAAAAACAGACAGUCGAUAAAUCAAUCGAUGAUAUAUGUCUUAAGGAUGAUCCUGAGACAAAGAUUACAGAUCACCCAGAGGAGAAGGAAAUCUGCAGUCUGAAAAGUGAUAUAAGUGAGAUGUCCAUGAAGCUUUCCACAAAGAUGGCCAGCAGUGAGGGCUCAGACGCUGCCGCCCUGUCCCAGGACCACAUCUUUCUGAGUGAGAUGGACAAGGCCGCAGUGCUCACCCUGAUCAGAGAGGAGAUCAUCACUAAGGAGAUUGAGGUCAAUGAGUGGAAGAAGAAGUAUGAGGACAGCAGAUUGGAGGUUUUGGAGAUGAGGAACAUAGUUGCAGAGUAUGAGAAAACAGUUGCACAGAUGAUUGAGGACGAGCAGAACCAGAAGACUCUGUCCUGCAGUAAGUCUGUCAGACAGUUGACCUUGGAGAGGGACCAGGCAAUAGCCGACCUCAACUCUGUGGAGCGCUCCUUCGCUGACCUCUUCAGGAGGUACGAGAACAUGAAGGGGGUCCUGGAGGGCUUUAAGAAGAAUGAGGAGGUGCUGAAGAGGUGUGCGCAGGACUACCUGAUGCGGAUCAAGCAGGAGGAGCAGCGAUACCAAACCCUCAAGGUGCACGCUGAGGAGAAACUGGACAAGGCUAACGAGGACAUAGCACAGGUACGUGCCAAGGCCAACGCUGAGGGUGUGGCACUGGGCGCCAGCCUGAGGAUGGAGCAGAUGAAGGCGGAUUCACUAGAAAGAGCCGUCCUUCAAAAGAAUCAAGAGAUUGAGGAGCUCACUAAGAUCUGCGACGAACUGAUCGCCAAACUGGGACCAGAUUAAGUGGCCUUAACUCAAACUCUCACUGCAACAUUCAUGUAAAUACUGUACAUGAUCACACAUAAGCACACUUUUCUUUUUUCCUGCUCAUAUGUAUUUGAAAAAUACAUUUGAAAUCCAGAACGCUUGCUCUUUUCAAACUAGAAUAUGAAACCAGAGCAAUAAUCUUUCAUAGUGUUAAUCAUGUCAUCGCAGUGGAAGAAGCACAAAGUCAAUAUGAG